GCAAACAGUCUCCUCUGUGUUCCCUUUUCCCGCCGAGGCACGGUCGGCCGCGAGAGUGUGUUCUGAGCGCCGUGUUUUACCGAUUGUCGCGCGGGCGGAAUGAGUUCUGGCGGUUCGACGGAAACAUUAACGUUACCAGACUCGACGCUGUUUAUAACGGAGAGCGCAUGCGCGUCCGUUGGGCCGACAAUCACGCGCUUCCCGCCAUUUCGCGGUUUGUUUCUGGCGAAGCACAACGCUAAACGCAACCGGCAGAAGAUUUCGCGUUUAUGUUCGGAUAACCGGUUUUUGGAGGCCGGCAUAGCCUCGGGAUCUGCUCCGGUAAUAACACUCACUUUGGAGGAGACUGUACCUGGAUCAGCUGUUGCCGGUUUCGGAGAGCCGCCGUCCACAGAUCAUGAUGGGUGAACCUGUGAUGUUGUGGCUCGCUCUGCUCUUGGGGUUGUGUGUCACUGAUGUGGCGCCGGCUAAUCUGGCUCUGGGCGCCGCAGCGGUGCAGUCGUCCACUGGAGACCCCAAUGGAAACGCUGAGCACGCAGUGGACGGAAACACAGAAGCAGACUACCGUAAGGGCUCCUGCACACACACCAGCCGUGAGUUUAACCCCUGGUGGAGGGUGGAUCUGGGUGGAGUGUCCAGCGUCAACAAAGUCACCAUCACCAACAGAGGAGACUGCUGUGAGGAGCGCAUACGUGGAGCGCAGAUCCGCAUCGGGGACAGCCUGGAGAACAACGGAAACAACAACCAGCUAGCUGCUACUCUUCUGGAUGCUAUUAAAGGCUCUCAGACGUUCGAGUUUCAGCCGAUUCAGGGCCGAUACCUCAAUGUUUUCCUGCCCGGGAAUGAUGAAACUCUGAGUCUGUGUGAAGUGGAGGUGUUUUCAGGUCCAUCAAAGAAUAUUGCCGCUGGAGCCGCCGCCAUUCAGUCCUCCACUUGGCCUCAUGAUGGUGACGCAGGGAACGCUGUGGACGGAAGCACUGAGUCUGAGUAUCAGGAGGGCUCCUGUUCACACACUCUGGGGGAAACCAACCCGUGGUGGAGGGUGGAUCUAGGGAGAGUGUUCAGCAUCCGCCGUGUCAGCAUCACCAACAGAGGAGACUGCUGUGAGGAGAGGUUAAACGGAGCUGAGAUCCGCAUCGGGAACAGCCUGGAGAACAACGGAAACAGCAACCACCUAGUUGCGACUGUCGAGCACAUUCCAGCUGGAAACACCGAGACGUUUGAGUUCCAGCCGGUUCAGGGCAGAUUCCUCAACAUUGUACUGCCUGGUGUAAACGUUUACCUCACUCUGUGUGAAGUGCAGGUGUUCACAGACUGAGGACUGAGCUGAAGCGGAUCACAGAAACAGGAAUACACAGCAGACUCAGUUUGGCUCGAAUCUUCCAGUUUCUGCUAAUGUUGUAAUAAAGAUGAGUGUCUGA